AUGGCGGAGGAUCGUGUGUCACCGAAGAGGACUGAGGCAGACAAGGCUGAAGAAGCAGCGGUGGCACCUGGGCCUCUUGAGAAACUUGAGAACCAUGCUGACCAAGUGUGCCGCAUCUGCUACGGCGAGGCUGACCUAGAGAACGGGCCCUUGCUUCAGCCCUGCGCCUGCAAGGGAACAAUAGCCUUCGUGCACAAGGAGUGCAUUGAGGGCUGCCUGCGUGAGUGGGGCGACAUUUGUACAAUCUGUCGCACACGCAUGAAGGCGCGCCGUAAAGGAGCGCCAUUGCGGCAUUUCUUCCGUGGCUUCAUCAACCGGAAAGACAUGGUGUGGAUUGCCGUCAACGGAGCGAUGUUCGCCGGUGAAGUGGCCUACUUGGUACACGUUUGGAUUAUCGUCAUGGAAUGUCUGGGCUCGCUAGGCUGGACCGCCGACCUGCUUGUCUACGCCGGGCUCGUCCUGUUCACCGCCACCUGGACUAUGCUGGAGUCUGUACGAUGGACGACAUGCCACGAGAGGUAUGAGGCCUGGAAGAAGAGGACCCUCACCGUGGAACUGAUUAUCCAUCACCUUGAGGCCCAGAAAGGUCCCCUGAAUCAAGCGGCGCAGAUCGCGGUGGACACUGAAGUCCCAGAAUAG